UAGCUGAGCAUGCAUGACAGCGAUCCGUCAUUGCGCUCAUGAAUCCGAGUGGCAGUAACUCGUGGAAUUUCCAGUAUACGCACAGAAGAGCUGCUCUCGUCGACCCCACUUGGAAUUGAACUUUUUUUUGCAGCUUCUCAUCUUUUUGCUCACCGUCCUCUAGCUAAAUUGAUACUUGGCGUGAUUUUUCACGGAUCUGAGGGAGGAGGGAGGAGUGGGUGUGGAUGUGGGAGCCCCAAGCAGGCUGGCAGCGUGCGUGCGUUGCGCGUAGUAGUUAGUGGUAAAAAUGUGAGGUGCGUCACUCCUCCGGACAUCAUCUUACUUUUUUGUUUUAGUGCCUAAAGAGCCGCUUGAUCAUGGAAACGAUGCUUUUGAACGUCCAGUGCAUUUUGCUUUUUUUUCUAUUUUACGCGCAAGAGGGAUUAUCUCGGGAUUAUUCGGUUCAUCCUGGACAAAAUCUUCCAAGGAGAGGCAAACGCCAAAGCAAAAUUACCCGACCAGCGCUGAAGGUCACGGAUUACCACGUCAAGUGUAGUGUGGUGUCCCGCUAUGCUGUCACCAAUGUGCGGAGCUCCAUUUGGAACCAAAUGGCUGUCACCAAGGAAGCCGCCUUCGAGGUGGACAUUCCUUCCUCUGCAUUCAUCUCCAACUUCUCCAUCACGUCGGGCGGCAAGAUGUAUGUGGCCCAGGUGAAGGAGCGAGCCACGGCCAGGAAAAUAUACGACGCUGCAAAGAAGCAAGGAAAAACAGCAGGACUGGUCGCUACCAAAGAGCGUGAGAUUGAGAAGUUUCGCGUGGCGGUGAGCGUGCCACCAGGAGCUCGGAUGUCCUUCUGCCUGACUUACGAGGAGCUGCUCCCUCGCCGCUUGGGCCGCUACGAGCUUAGCGUGGCUCUGCGGCCCGGCCAGCCCGUUUCCAACCUCACGUUAGAAGUCAGUCUAGCAGAGCCCACGGGUAUCGCUUACAUUAAGGUUCUUCCACUUCGGACAAGCAGACUGCUGUCCGACAACAAAGCUCAAGGUAACGCAGAUCCUCCUGCGUCGACUCAGGUUGAAGAAAGCGUGGGCUGCGCUCGCGUUCGUUACAAUCCCACACCUCAGCAGCAGGUCAGCAUUUCGCCCAAGGGUCUGAAUGCUGACUUUGUUAUUCAAUACGACGUGAACCUCACAGACCUGAUCGGGGACAUCCAGGUGUUUGACGGCUACUUUGUGCAUUACUUUGCACCCAGAGGACUUCCCGUGGUUCCCAAGGAUGUUAUAUUUGUCAUCGAUGUCAGCGGCUCCAUGAUCGGCACCAAAAUCAAACAGACCAAGCAGGCAAUGAGCACUAUCCUUGGGGACCUUCGGGAAGGAGACCACUUUAACAUCGUCACCUUCUCAGAUAAGGUUCACACUUGGAAGAAAGGACAGACGGUGCGAGCCACUCGGCAGAACGUACGAGAUGCCAAAGAGUUCGUCAAGAGGAUUAUUGCGGAAGGAUGGACAAACAUCAAUGCGGCUCUGCUCUCGGCUGCCCAGCUGCUAAACCAGCCGUCCUCCGGCUCCCGCCGCGUCCCCCUGGUGGUCUUCCUCACCGACGGCGAGGCCACGAUCGGAGUGACGGCAGGCGACGUCAUCCUGAAUAACGCCAAGAAGGCGCUGGGCUCAGCCUCUCUCUUUGGCCUGGCCUUCGGGGACGAUGCCGACUUGCCGCUCCUCAAACGUCUGGCGCUGGACAAUCGCGGUGUGGCUCGGAUGGUUUACGAGGACGCCGACGCCGCUCUGCAGCUCAAAGGCUUCUACGACGAAGUGGCCAGCCCCUUGUUGUCCGACGUCCAGCUCCACUAUCUGGACCAGCAGGCGUUUGACAUCACCCGCUCUAUCUUCCCAAACUACUUCAGAGGCUCCGAGUUGGUGGUGGCCGGCCGGCUUCAAGCGGGGCUGAAGGACUUCAGGGUGUCGCUCUUAGCCAGUGAUUCCAAGCAGCGCAUGAAGUUGGAGAAUGACGUAUUGAUCAACAGCACCUGGCGCUCGUCGGACUGCUCGAAGGCUCCUGAAGGUAUGUCCAGCUUUGUGCGUCGUCUCUGGGCGUAUUUCACCAUCAAGGAGUUGCUCCUGGCCAAACUCAACACCACGGAUGCCGUUAUGCAGAAGCUCCUGGCAGACAAGGCCACCAACCUCUCCUUGGAGUACAACUUUGUCACGCCGGUCACGUCUUUAGUCGUUGUGAAGCCCGAUGUGGACAAAGCUGCACCAACCACUGCAAAGCCUUCCGCCAUUGCAACGACAACCGCGACGGUGACAACCAAAAUGUCCGCCGCGAAGAGGGCCCAGUCACCCUCUAUUUCGAGAACCAACAAAGCGAAUCCUCCCAAACAACCUAAAAAAACGUCACUACCUCCUCCCGCCACAAAAACUGUGAAAACAACGCCAGUGUUUCGCCCCGCUGCCACUCAACCGCCCCCAGUGCCAUAUUCUGGCAAAAAGCCUUCUCAGAAUGAUUCCAAAAGUGCCUCUAUGCCUCCUAGUGGGAAACUAUCCAGUUCUCUAUUCCAUUUUCCCAAGACAGCUCAGCCUUCCACACCUGGAAAGGUCUCCACGCCCUCUUCGCCCCCCACGGUUUCAACAGUGGCGAGCACGCCUCCCGCCUUCCCUGGAAAAUCCUCCACCGCCCCGCUUUCUACCAAACAGACAGAACCAGAGAGCAGCACUGCAUCUACCCGCCCAGACAUCACCGGCACUCCGCCCACUCCCACUCCGGUCCCUGCUCCGGAUUUGGAAGGAAACGACAUAAAAGCUGCGGAAGAGAACGAUAUCCGUGUCGCCAACCUCAUGGCCGCCACCUUUGCGCCCAUGCCCGGUGUGACAGACGGGCCCAGGUUGUGGGAAGCAGCAGGCCUUCUGGAUGUCUCUACCUCCAUUCAGAUCCAGAGAAAAGAUAUUGACCUUGUGAAAGACUAUGACGUGACGUAUGAUUACGACUACGACCUCAACUAUGAUGCCUGGGGCAACGCUGCUGACACGGAAUCCUUCGUGCUUGGGAAUGAAGAGGAUUGUCCUUUAGUUGAAUGUCUUGUGCUUUUAGAACCUCCGUCCAGACUGAGCGCUGAGCACUUCUCCUCAUCGGCUGAUGGAGAUCCUCAUUUUGUGCUCCAGUUACCAAAGCAGAAACAGAACUUGUGUUUCACCGUAGAUGGCCGAGCUAAUGAUGUGCUAAGGCUAGUGGAGGACCCACAGACAGGACUGAUGGUAGAUGGCCACCUGACCGGAGCACCCCCCAAGCGAGGCCACGAGAACCGCUCGAGAACUUACUUUGACCGGCUGAACAUCUCGGCAGCCACUGGCCGCUCGAGCGCCAUCACGAUCACAGUGUCGUUGGACGAGGUGGCAAUCGGAGGCGAAGGGCGGGACAUUCUCAGCAUCAAUCAAACAGGAUCGGUAAGGAGGCAGGGCGUGACGGUCGCUGUGGACAACCACCGGGGCUGCUGGAUCGAGCUGGCCGAGGAUGUGCACUUCCUGGUUCUCUACCACCAUUACAAGCACCCCAGCUACCUGCAGAUGGCGCACCUGGGCUUCUACAUCACACGAGGACGCGGGCUGUCGGCCUCCACUCGAGGCCUUCUGGGCCAGUUUCAGCAUGCGGCCUUAAGCGUAGCACCCAUGAGCCAUUAUCAUCAUGGGGAAAACAAUGACGGAACGUUAGCCCGGGGGGUCCUGAGGCGGGGCUCCCAGCUGCUGCCUGUCACCUUGCAGGACAAGAUGCUGAAAGAUACACUACUCAGGCGACACGCGGAGCAGUGCUGGGUGGUGCCCAAGUCGGAGGUAGAACGACUGCUCGGACAGCCGUACACCAGCUUCGUGGUGGAUGCCGUGUAAUCGUAGCUCAACGGGCUCCGCCCUUUCCCCUGGCAACCUCGCGGCUCAAGUCCAAGUGGAGGCAUUGUGACAUUGUGGUUUGAGAAACAAACUGUCGCUCAGAUGGUUUGCGGCAUUGUCACAUUUUUUUAGUGACAGUCUGUGCGCAGAAGAGAUGACCGACAAAUUCAAAACAAAGAUACACGCAAUUGUUUGAGCCAGGCAUGUCAGAUUCAUUUGACUUUAGGGGCCUCAUUCACCCCAUCUGUUGCUUGAUAAGCUAGUAGCAACUAUUAUAACAUUUUCCCAUUGUUUUGGAGCCAAUAAUUACAAGUGCAUCCUGAAAAUAAUCACAUUAGUUGGUUAUUUUAUUUCUAUUAACAGAAAUUUCUGCAAAUCAUAAUAGUAAGCUAUAAUUUGACACAAGAAUUAUUUCAGUUUUCAACAGAGAAUUUUGACUCAUCAGUAAUGUUUUUUUUAUUUCCACAUGAAUGUGCAACUUAUAGCUCAAAGUGGAUUUAUAUACCGUAUGUACCUUUUAUGAAACAACUUUUUUUAAGAAGUAGAAAUCAUUUUAAAAUUACUUAUAUAUUUGCAUCUUAGUGAUGUCAACUGACUCAACACACCAUACAAACUCAGUGGGAACAUUUCAGAUCCAGGGUACAGUUGUCCCUUUAUCCUGUAAAUGUAGACAUUAAAAAAGGUUGUGGCAGUGGCCUAUAUGAAAAACUAAACAAAAAGGAUUCCACUAAACCAACCAACGGCCGGGUUUGGCCCGCGGGCCGUACGUUGGACACCUCUGAUUUUAAACCGAAUGUUCUCCGGUUCACAUUCACAAUGUUGUUUUUGUGCGGUAGCAAAAUUCGUACGUUUGUUUUUGUUUCAUUACUUGUAAUCAAGUCAACAUUUAUAAUGUUUUCUUGUUUUAGUUAACGUGCAUAGAGUAUUAUAAGAUCCAUCCAUCGGUUUUAUCUUUAAAUAGAAAGGCAGACCAUUUUUCCAGAUUUCGCCAUGUGCUUUUUUUUUAAUUUUCUAUCAUUUCAUUCAUAGUUUACUUCAUUGUAUUUGUUACACAAGACAUUAGGCAUUGUUCACAUACUAGUGAUCGAACAAGGACAGUAAGGUUUCUACUACUCGGCCUAUUUCUUUAGUCAAUUCAAUGGGAAGUUGUCAAUAGUGAAUCUCAAAGGCCAAACGACGUGAAUUAAAACAGUACAACAACA